GGCCCAGUAGUGGGGCGGAGGCGGCGAGAGGCCUGCGGCGGGGAGCGGCGGGGAGCGGCGGUGCCGGGAGCAGGCGCCGGAGCCGAGCCGAGCCGAGCCGAGCCGGCGCGGCGAAGCAGCCACCAUGUCGGUGUUCGGGAAGCUGUUCGGGGCUGGCGGGGGCAAGGCGGGCAAGGGCGGCCCGACCCCGCAGGAGGCCAUCCAGAGGCUGCGGGACACCGAGGAGAUGCUCAGCAAGAAGCAGGAAUUCCUGGAGAAGAAGAUCGAGCUGGAGCUCACGACCGCCAAGAAGCACGGCACCAAGAACAAGCGCGCUGCCCUCCAAGCCCUGAAACGCAAGAAGAGGUAUGAGAAGCAGCUGGCACAGAUUGACGGCACGCUAUCAACCAUCGAGUUCCAGCGAGAGGCCCUAGAGAACGCCAACACCAACACAGAGGUGCUGAAGAACAUGGGCUAUGCCGCCAAGGCCAUGAAGGCUGCCCAUGACAACAUGGACAUUGAUAAAGUUGAUGAGUUAAUGCAGGACAUUGCUGACCAGCAAGAACUUGCAGAAGAGAUUUCAACAGCUAUUUCAAAACCUGUAGGAUUUGGAGAAGAGUUUGAUGAGGAUGAGCUCAUGGCAGAACUUGAAGAACUAGAACAGGAGGAACUAGACAAGAAUUUGCUGGAAAUCAGUGGACCCGAAACAGUCCCUCUACCAAAUGUCCCUUCUGUAACACUACCAUCCAAACCCACCAAGAAGAAGGAAGAAGAAGACGAGGACAUGAAGGAAUUGGAGUCCUGGGCCGGAUCCAUUUAACUGGUCCCCUGCGGGCUGGGCCCAGACGGACUCUGGCACCUGCAGCAGGCAGGCGCAUGCAGGGCAGGCAGGACGUGGUGCAGGCAGGUUCCAUCGCUCUCGAAUCUCCCUCCAAAGCAGCAGGGCCACAUCACUGCUCCCUCUCUGCAUAGCAUGGUCUGCACCCA